UGCUGGCGGCGCGGGGGCGGCGGCGCUGUGGCGGCGGGGCCGGGGCAUCGCGGCCCGGGCGCCUCCUCCCUGGUCCUCCCCGCUCCGCUCCGCUCCUUCCCAUGGCCGGCAACUUCUGGCAGAGCUCGCACUACUUACAAUGGAUUUUGGAUAAACAAGAUCUAUUGAAGGAACGCCAGAAAGACUUGAAAUUUCUGACUGAAGAAGAAUAUUGGAAGCUACAGAUAUUUUUUACAAAUGUUAUCCAGGCUUUAGGUGAACAUCUUAAAUUAAGACAACAAGUUAUUGCCACUGCUACAGUCUACUUCAAGAGGUUCUAUGCCAGAUAUUCCCUAAAAAGUAUAGAUCCAGUAUUAAUGGCUCCUACGUGUGUGUUUUUGGCAUCCAAAGUAGAGGAAUUUGGUGUUGUUUCAAAUACAAGGUUGAUUUCUGCUGCUACUUCUGUAUUGAAAACUAGGUUUUCAUAUGCCUUUCCAAAGGAGUUUCCUUAUAGGAUGAACCAUAUACUAGAAUGUGAAUUCUAUCUCUUAGAAUUAAUGGACUGCUGUUUGAUAGUAUAUCAUCCUUAUAGACCUUUGCUCCAAUAUGUACAAGAUAUGGGCCAAGAAGACAUGCUGCUACCUCUUGCAUGGAGGAUAGUGAAUGACACAUACAGAACUGAUCUUUGUCUGCUGUACCCUCCUUUCAUGAUAGCUCUAGCUUGCCUACAUGUGGCCUGCGUUGUCCAGCAGAAGGAUGCCAGACAAUGGUUUGCUGAGCUGUCUGUUGAUAUGGAAAAGAUUUUAGAAAUAAUCAGGGUCAUUCUGAAGCUGUAUGAGCAGUGGAAGAACUUUGAUGAAAGGAAAGAGAUGGCUACUAUUCUUAGUAAAAUGCCUAAACCAAAACCACCUCCAAACAGUGAAGGAGAACAGGGUCCAAAUGGUAGCCAGAACUCUAGUUAUAGCCAAUCUUAAGGCAUUCCAAAGAAUUUCUUUAUGGACCACUUUGACUCAAGACAUCUUGGGAUCUUUCCUGUGUUCAUGAAAUGGACAGAAGGUUUUAGUAACAUCUUGGACAAAGAACUCGAAGAAUAAAUAGCUUGUUUGUGUCAAGCAUUUUGAAAGCUUUUUCUCUAAAAUUACAACAUUUUCUCUGACGCUGGAGCAAAUGUGCUAAGAUUUUUCAGUGUAAGGAAUCAAACAUUAAACCAAGCUGCAAAAGAUUAACACUUUUCACUCAAAACAAAUAGUUCAUUAUUGAUUUUAUUUGCAUUGAAGUGAACUAUUUUUAAAGUGACAGUAACCCGAAGCCUAAGUGUAACUGUAUUGACUUGUGUUGUCUUCAUUUUGUUUGUGACUGAAGGAAGAUAGUGCACUGUAUGUUAAAUCUAUUCAUUACCUUGAGUUUUGUUGAUUUAAAAAAAAUAAAUACAGAUUCUGUAACAAGUAACACACAAUCCUUCAGAAACAAAUUCCUAGAAGAGCCUGUAAAGAGUAUUGUUACAGUUUUAAUGAAAGCUGCAGGAAAGAAAGUCAGUUUCUUUUUUUGGAUUUAUAAAAGCUGUUUUCCUCAGUAAACCUACUUGGAUGUUUUUGCCAUGAUGCGUAGAAGCCCAGCUUACCAGAGAAGUGCAAUAUGUAUAGUGAUUCUGCAGUUUUCUGAAACAUUUCAAGUGUUAGGAAUUAAGAAACCCCAACAUACGAGGAUUUUUUUUUUUUCAAAUAAAUGUACUAUAUGGUACAGUCAGAGUAUUUCACAAUCAAGUACCAAUCUGGAUAUGAUUUUUUAUGGUGGAUUUUUUUUGUAGAAAAGAUAUACACUGUUAGUCUGCCUUCACUGUUAGUGUGAAUUUGUGUUAAUUUUAAUCAGAAUGUUAUGAGCAACUCUAGAAUAACUGAAAUGGGAUUCCUUGGUUAACUUUGUGCUGGAGAAAAUGAGAUUCCUUCAAAGAGAAGGCCAUAUCCUGUGUUCCUUACUCAGGCAGAUAUCCCACUGAAGUCAGGAAUUGGCCUAAAUUGAUUUCUUGAUUUUUUUUUUUAAUAUAACUUUGUUUUUCAUUAAGUUCUGUACAACUUUAUUUUGAAUGAUAAUGCCAAUUUGCCCAAGUACAACAAUUGAAUGAUAAAAGUGCAGUAACAUUGUUCUCUUUUUUUUUUUUCUCCUGAAACAACACAUUUCACUGGCCUGAAAUACUGGAGGUAGAUUCUUGAAAAGCUGUGCUCUGUGAUGCUCUGGCCCCUUAAAAAAACCCCACGUCUAUUUUUGCAAAUACCUGUCUUUGUAACUGGCUGGUCAUUCAGUGACAUAUAACUGACCUGUGUUUGUAUUUAGCCCAUUAGGCUACUAACGUUUAUUUCUGUUCAGGUUAUUUCCAUAAACCAUUAGGUAAGCAAGCCCCAAACACUUUGGUGAGAUGGAAAAUAUAUACAGUUUGGUCUUUGCUACUUUUUUUGAUCCAUACCUUCUAUAAACACUUAAUUGAUGAAGUGGAAUUUGGCUGUUUUGCUUUCAUUUCUUGAAGUCUAAAAUGUGCUAUUUGUAAUGUGGACUUGGGGAAUAGAAAUAAAUCAAAGCAACUUGA